GGCGGAGCGGCACUACGCUCCAGCCCAGCUGGAGCGCCGCGGCAGCCGAGCGGGAGCCGGAGCCCGAGCGGGACCGGAGCUGGAACCGAAGCUGGAGCCAGCACUGCGGCGCACGGAGCGGAGCGCUGCCGCCAAGCCGAGUGAGUGGAGGAGCCUCUCCUCAAGAAGUCAGCUGUGCUCGUGGGCAGGCUGGCUCCGCUGUUCUGCUCCAGGGAUUACAUGUCCUUCAAACGCCCUUGCCCCUUAGCACGAUACAACCGUACCAGCUACUUCUACCCCACCACGUUCUCCGAGAGCUCUGAGCACAACCACCUGCUGGUAUCUCCAGUGCUGGUAGCAAGCGCCGUCAUAGGUGUGGUCAUCACCCUCUCCUGCAUCACCAUCAUUGUGGGAAGCAUCAGAAGGGACAGACAGGCCCGGAUCCAGCGACACCACCAUCGCCAUCGCCGCCACCAUCAUCACCGCCACCGCCGGCACAGACACAGAGAAUACGAGCAGAGCCACGAGUCAGGAGGACACACGCAUAGCCACUCCAGCCACAGGAUGCCCUCCGCCUGUAGCCCUGCUGAGGACUGGCCCCCACCCUUGGACAUCAGCUCUGAUGGGGAUGUGGAUGUCACAGUGCUCAGGGAGCUGUACCCAGAUUCUCCACCAGGCUAUGACGAGUGUGUGGGACCAGGGGCCACCCAGCUGUAUGUCCCCACGGAUGCACCACCACCCUACUCGCUGACUGACUCCUGUCCCAUCCUGAAUGGCGCCCUUGACUCAGGCAGUGGUCACAGCCAACAUCAGCAGCAGGAGCAGAGGACCCAGGGCCAGAGUGGCCUCCACACUGUCUCCAUGGACACGCUGCCACCUUAUGAAGCUGUGUGUGGAACAGGCUCCCCGUCUGACCUGCUGCCAUUGCCAGGACCAGAACCACGACCAAGUAACUCCCAGGGCUCACGCACCCCAACCCGGGUUCCAACCACCAGCCCUGAGAGGAUUGUGUGA